AUGCUAAUAUCAACAAGCAAAACAAAAUCAAUGACUAUAUCAAAGCAUCCACUCAGAGUUAAACUAGCUGUAUAUAACCAACCCAUAGAACAAGUGAUGGAGUUUAAGUAUCUCGGUAACUUAAUAACAUCUUCCAGAGACCUGAGCAAAGAAGUUAAAACACAGUCCAUAAAAGCUGCCUCAAUAUCUGGAUAUUUGAGGGAUGUUAUCUGGAAAAACUCUUACAUGAGAAUCAGCAGCAAAAUCAGGAUUUACAAAACAUGUGUAAGACCAGUUUUAACAUACGGUGUCGAAACAAGAGCUGAUACCAAAGAAACGCAGAGUAAAAUGCAAACCGUUGAAAUGCAAACUUUAAGAACAAUAGCAGGGUUUACUAAGCUUGAUAUGAUAUUAACAAGUGGAGCAGAAGAAGGCCUAAAGAAUGGAAACAACAUGUUCAGAGAAUGCCCGAAGAAAGAAUUGCCAAAGCAGUCAUGA